AUGACAGAUUCUGUAGCAUCCUUGAAUGAUCCGUCGACAUGGAAGAAUUUUGGGAUCCUUGAACCCUUUUUUGCACAGGUCGCCAAGGAUCUGGAGAAGAACCCCGAGUCGGAGCCCUCGCUAGAUAACCUUUCCAAUAAUCGCAAUUCCUGGGAAUUCAACAGUCGAAAAGACACUGAUAACUUGCUGGACACGGUCAAGGACCAGGUCUCAGAGCAGGAAAUCUUCAUCCCAUGCCGCGAUGGCCACAAAACACGUGCUCUUCUAUAUCAGCCCAAGCAGGAGUUUGUCCGCGGGAGACCGCUGGUUGUCGUGCUCCAUGGAGGCGGGUUCACCUUUGGCACCGCGGAGAUGGAGUCGUUGUUAUGUAUUCGAGCGACAAAAGACCUUGGAUGCGUGUCACUAUCGCUAGAGUAUCGGCUAGCUCCGGAGAACAAGUUCCCGACGGCGUACGAGGAUGUUUGGGACGCGGUCCAAUGGAUUAUAGUGAAUGCUGGCAGUAUAGGAGCAGAUUUGAGUGAAGGCUUCGUCCUCGGUGGCUGCUCAGCUGGAGGGCACAUCACCAUCCCACUAUCGCACCGGGCCCGGGACGAGAAGCUCUCUCCACCCUUGACGGGGAUCUACCUCAGUGUGACGCCUGCUUUGGCGCAUCAAGCUGUGACAGAAAAGUACCAGCCACUCUACCGAAGCCGAGAGGAGUUUCGAAACGGCAUUUCUCUGACUUUCUCGUCCAUCGCCUUCUAUGACAAGACCAACGAGCCGGAUGUAAAUUCGCCGCUCUGGAGCCCAUUACUCUGGCCAACCGGCCAUGCCAAUCUCCCCCCAACAUACUUUCAAAUCUGCGGCGCGGACAUGCUGAGAGACGAAGCGUUGAUUUAUGAGCGAGAGCUACGCGAAAAUAACGUCAAGACGAAGGUGGACAUUUACCCUGGCCUGCCACAUGUGUUUUGGUAUACCCAUCCUGAUCACCCUGCUGUCCCCAAGUAUCACGAAGAUGCGAAGAAUGGUGUUGGAUGGUUGCUUGGGCAGAGAAAAUCGUCCUAA